ACAGAAAUUUUGGCAUUUGUCUCUAAUUUUUUUUCUCUAAUUAUAAAACCUCUCUUUGUGGAAGCAAGGUUGGUUGGUUAAAAGGUCUAGCUUACUGUUUUAGGAACUAAGAUGUGAUAUAUAAGUAUCUCUUGCUCAUUUGUGUUUGCGUCAGAGUUUGUGAACCAGCUUUAGCCUAACGCUUCAUGAGGUUUGACUUCCUGUAUUUGUGCAUUGAGUAGGUUUGAGACUACGUUGUGAGUGUGUGAGGGGAGCUAAUUUUUCAAUCGAACUCCAGAUCAAGAUCCUUUCGGGAGUAGAAACCGAUGAUGGCGAUGGUGACUAACAGACUUGGGUGUUUACCAGUUCUUGUUUUGCUGCUGACUUUGAGUAGUUUGGUUACGCCAAGAUAUCUUAGGAUGAAAAGGGAAACUGGUAACAACACAACAUCGAUAAACAGCAGCGACACACACAGUACAACAGGUGAAGCUGAAGCUGAGAAUACAAGUAGCACGACUCUUGAAACUUUAAAAGCUCCAGGUGCAUUACAUACGGCAGAGAUAAAACCGGCUUUAAAUGUCUCGGCAACUAUAGAUUACCAUGGUGCUCCAGAUUUGAACCACACCCAACAGAAGUACUCUGCAGGAACUGAGAACCUGACAGUCCACCAGCCAACAGAUAACGAGAGUACUUUGUACACCCAACUUCCCACAAUAAGUAAUAGUAAUGGUACUGGACACAUUUCACAAGCAGGAAGUUCUGCCCCCACAUUUCCUGCAUCGUUUGAGCCCGGCAAGGUAACAGAGAAGCAAACGACAGCAGCGACUACGAGAAUGUCCACAGAUACGGAUAGACGUACCACAACAGUUAUCUCAACGGCCACUAGAAAAUCAACCACGGUAACGACCCACUCAUGUCCCACUGCCUCUUCCCAAGAUGACAGACUUGUGAGUCGCUGCCUCAUCGCCAUUGCCUCGAUGGCUGCGUUGACGACCAUCUUUAUCGUUAGCACCAUCUGUCUGGCUACAAAACUUUCGGGAUACAGAUACAGGCACAAGGCACAUCUUCUCCAGGAGACUGAGAUGGUCUGCAUUUCUGCCCUUAUGAAUGAUACCGAUCACCCUGUUCCAAAGCCAAGGCGACACCCUAAAAGUAAUGGAGCACUGAUCCCGAAUACUGAGGAUGGAGAUCCUGACGGAGAUAAUCUUACUCUAAACAGCUUUCUUCCUGAUACCGAGGGCCCUCUUUAGAAGUUUAAACCUUUCACCUGCUGUGUGCACUGUAUGCACGGAAAUGUUUACUCUAACACUGUGGGGGUUUUUUAAGUCAGUGCUCAGGUUUGAUAGAAACCCAGCUCUAGAAUUGUUUGCACUGUCAAAAAAUUAAUUAAUUCACAGCAUAUCUGUGCUACUGGUUGCCAGUGUCUCACUCUCGGUCUUCACUGGCUUUGAAGUGCACCUUUCAAAACAACCAUUUUAUUAUAUAUGUAUAUAGCAUGUUAUUGAUCUAGAUUGGUUGUUCUUUUUUAUAUUCUGGGAU